AUGCCAGUUGCAAGAACUCAGAAACAUAAGCCAGCAAGAGCAACAAACAGUCGCACUCGAGGUCGCACCAGCACAAAACCUACACCCUCAAAGUCCUUCCUCAACUCUCUUCCAACAGCGAGAAAUGCCUCACUGAACGAUUCUUUGCUUAUCCAUGGAGAACCAACAGCGAACCAGUUCGGACUCGGAACACGCGACAGGGAUCAGCUGCGAGAACGACCCGCGGUACAUAGAGUGGUCAAGCAGAUGAUCCAGAGAGGGGAGCUGGGUCCAAAUGGAAUAGAGCAAGUCGCAGCUGGUGGAAUGCACUCUCUUAUCCUUGAUUCAUUAGGAAGGGUCUGGUCCAGUGGGUGCAACGAUGAGGAUGCUCUCGGUCGCAGAGUGGAGGUUCAAGGCGAAGAUGCAAGCGAACUAGAGGCCAAGUUUGCCCUCGUAGAAGGCCUAGAAGGCUUUAGAACUGUGAGAAUCGCGGCCAGUGACAACGCCAGUUUCGCCCUCAACGAAAAAGGCGAGCUCCGAGCUUGGGGAACAUUCAAAGCCAAGAAAAGCGGAGACCGAGGGUUUAGCUAUGAGCACAAUCUCGAACGCUCCUUGAAACCCAUCGCCUUCUCCGUCUUCGUCAAAGACCUCAUUUCGUCAAUAUGUUGCGGGCACAAUCAUGUGCUCGCUCUGACGGCCUCUGGGCGUGUCUAUACAUGGGGCACGCCAGAAGAUGGCCAACUUGGGAGGAGGAUUCUCCCCCGGUUCCAAUCCUGGACAUACCGGCCCACACCCAUAAUGCGCAACAUCGUGGCCAUCGGAUCUGCUGCCUCCACGUCAUUCGCAGUGGAUAAGGUUGGGAACGUCUAUGCCUUCGGAAAGAAUUCAGAACGGCAGGCGGGCGUUGACGGCGAACGUAACAUCAUCGACGUGCCAACACCGAUAUCCGCCCUUCACCCGCUGCAGCACGGUGGUGCUCGCGUUGUACAGAUUACAGGCGGUGACGAGCAUUCCGUGUUCCUGUUCGACAACGGGCAGAUGUGGACCUGCGGCUGGGCGGAUGACUUCCGGCUCGGGCUCUCUCUUGAGGCGCUGAUGAAGUACAUGGCUCCAGGGUCGGACCUAGCGACUCGCCGCCCCGAGGGCGUCCCAUAUUCGUGGGGAUGCGGGGUUUCGCACCAGCUUGGGCUACCUGGAGCAUCAGAGAUCGCAGAAGUGCCUACGAAGAUCACGAGCGAGGACCUCGAGCAACGGCGAGUACUCCAGAUAAGCGCCGGCGGCGAGCAUGUUAUGUUCAUGUAA